ACUACUUUGUCUCUCCCCAUAUGCCCAUUUAAGAGAAAUUAGUGAUGCUCAGAGCUCACAUUUAAGCAAAAUAUAUAUUUUUUAAUUGAAAUGCUCUUCUUCUCUGCUAAACCCUCAAAGGCUUAUAUCUCAGUUUCUCCAAUUCACUAUUGCUACUAAUACAGCAAUGGAGAGCACAGACUCGUCGUCCGGUUCGCAACAGCCGAACCUUCCACCCGGUUUCCGAUUCCAUCCGACCGAUGAAGAGUUAGUAGUUCACUAUCUAAAAAGAAAAGCAUCCUCUGCUCCUCUUCCGGUAGCGAUUAUCGCCGAAGUCGAUCUUUACAAGUUUGAUCCAUGGGAAUUACCAGCUAAGGCCACGUUUGGCGAGCAAGAAUGGUAUUUUUUCAGUCCAAGAGAUCGAAAAUACCCAAAUGGAGUGAGGCCAAACAGAGCAGCAACUUCAGGGUAUUGGAAGGCUACAGGAACAGAUAAGCCAGUUUUAACUUCUGGAGGUACUCAAAAAGUAGGAGUUAAAAAAGCACUGGUUUUCUAUGGAGGUAAGCCUCCUAAAGGAAUCAAAACGAAUUGGAUUAUGCAUGAAUAUCGUUUAGCAGAUAACAAAGUCAAUAACAAGCCACCAGGAUGUGACUUGGGUAACAAGAAAAACUCCUUAAGGCUUGAUGAUUGGGUGUUGUGUCGAAUAUACAAGAAAAAUAACACACAUCGACCGUUGGAUCAUGAUAAAGAUGAUUCAGUUGAUGAUAUGCUUGGGUUGAUCCCACCUUCAAUAUCAGUUGGCAAUACCAACAAUAACAGUCAACAAAAUGCCAAACUACAGUUUCUUAAAGGCACAAACUACGGAUUGUUAGUUGAAAAUGAACAGAAUUGUUUAUUCGAAGGAAUGAUGCAUAAUGGAGAAAUCAACCAAAUGGGCUCUUCUAAUAGGCCUGGAGAGCUUUCUGUGCUUCCUCUUAAAAGAACAUUACCAUCUUUAUACUGGAAUGAAGAAAUCGACGCAGCUGGCGCUUCAUCAAGCAAGAGAUAUCAAGCAGACAGUGGAGAUGGAAGUGUAGUAAGAAAUGAUGGGAAUGGUUCUAUAGCUUCUCUGCUUAGUCAACUACCACAAACACCUCCAUUGCACCAACAAACAGCGUUGGGAUCUCUUGGAGAUGGGAUUUAUAGGCCACCAUUUCAGUUUUCAGGCUUGAAUUGGUUUUCUUGAAUCUUGAUUCAUUAAUUUUCAGGUGGCGGGGGUAUUCAUGGUUACAAUAUAUACGUAUAUAUAGAUAUAAGCAUAUUGUUCUAUGUAUUAUAUUUAUUAAUUAGGGGUUAUAUUAUUGAGGGUAGAGGAAAUUAUGGAAAAUUCUCACAUGGAUAGAAAAAAAAAAAAAAUGACACGUUAUAUACUUGUUUAUACGAUAGUUUGAGACUCUGUCUAUGAUCAGCUUCAGAUUGGGUAUUAUCGCUAAGAGAUUUUGGUUAUUGGGGGAAAGAAGAGAUUUAGAGAGUAAUCAAUGGCCUCAAAAGUAAUUUCUUCCAUUACUGUAACACAUGUAGCUGCCGUUCAGGUGAGGCCAUCAAAUACUCUCAGAUUAUUUUAAGUAAAUAUAUAGUUUUUUUUUUUUAUAUAUAACAUUUAUACAUAUUUUGUUGUUAUAGCUAGGGAUAUGCAAAAAGAAAUAUUUGAGAUCACUAUCUUGAUCAUGUAGAAAAAUAAAUGUGAUGAUAAAUGAUGAUUAUAAGUUUGGUUUUGGUACAUAUUAUGAUAUUAACAUAGAA